AUGUCUGUGGAUUUUACUUCAAAGGCUGUGGAUCUAUUGAAGCGGGCCACCACGCUUGACGAGGCUAAGGAGUAUGAGGAGGCCUACCGCUGGUACAUGGAUUCCAUUGAAGUCUUUAUGACAGCCAUCAAGUACGAGAAUAAAAAUCCGACAAAGAAGGAGAUGUUAAAGAAUAAGGUGCGCCAGGUCAUGGAGCGGGCAACGAUGAUAAAAGAGUACUUGGAGGAGUCCAAGGAAGGCAACAACAGUGGUACCGGAAGCGCGGGCAGCACGACGCAGAAGACGGCCUCUGCAAGCAAAAAGGCGAAAGAAGAAGAGGAUGACAAACAACGCAUGAAGAAUGCACUGGGAAGCGCAAUUUUGCGGGUGAAACCCAACGUGAAGUGGUCGGAGAUUGCCGGUCUGGAAGCGGCAAAGGAGGCACUUAAAGAGGCAGUCAUUCUCCCGGUUCGUUUUCCACAGCUCUUCAUUGGCAAUCGUAAGCCGUGGAAGGGAAUUCUCAUGUACGGCCCCCCUGGUACCGGCAAGUCGUUCCUUGCAAAGGCCGUGGCAACCGAGGCGGACGGCACUUUUUUGAGUGUCAGCAGCGCGGAUCUGAUGUCCCGCUGGUUAGGUGACUCGGAAAAGUUGGUAAGAAGCCUGUUUGAAAUGGCCCGAGAAGCGUGGAAAACUGACGGGAAGCCGGCUAUUAUAUUUAUUGAUGAAAUUGAUUCCAUGUGUUCUACACGCUCAGAUAAUGAAAACGAUGCCUUGCGUCGCAUUAAAACCGAGUUUCUGGUACAGAUGCAAGGUGUGGGUCACGAGGAUGACGGAGUGCUGGUGUUAGGUGCCACCAACAUCCCAUGGUCGCUUGACAGUGCCGUCCGUCGUCGUUUUGAGCGUCGUAUUUACAUCCCACUUCCAGAUCUUCAGGCGCGUUAUCAGAUGCUUAAAAUUCACAUUGGGAACACACCCCAUACACUAACAGAGAAGGAUUGGUACGAGUUGGCGCAGAUGACGGAUAAAUACAGCGGCAGUGACAUCAACAUUGUUGUACGCAACGCCAUGAUGGAAUGUAUUAGGUCGGUGCAGGUGGCAACUCACUUCAAACGUGUGACGGGACCAGAUGUGAAGGAUCCUACACGGACGAGUAAGAAUCGUCUGGUGCCGUGCUCCCCAGGGGACCCGGAAGGAUUCAUGAUGACGGCGCAAGAGCUUACGGAACCGGAGUUGCUGAUGCCGCUCCCAGUAACAAUGCAGGACUUCCUCAGGCACUGCGUACUGCCCGCCCCUCUGUUUCGGAUUCUGACAUUACGCAACACAUCAAAUUCACGGAAGACUUUGGACAGGAGGGUUAGUAGCAGGCUGAAGAAAGAAUGA